AUGCGCUGGCGAGGGGUAGAGAGAGAGCGAGUGCAAUCAGAAUGGCAGCUGGAAGUGACACCCCACGCUGGUCAUGCAGAGGACGCCCUGCUGCAUAUGCAGUUGACGAUACCAGUAGAGCAUGGCGGCGAUGGCAAUGGCGGUGGUGGUGGUAGUGGGGUCGGAGGAGGGAUGGAAUCGGACCUAUUCAGGGUCUUGAGAGGGUGUACAUGUGUACAAGCUCGGCCUUGUCAACGCAGUUCUCCCGAGCUGCAGGUAGCCGUGGUGUUGGCUUGGAGGCGCGAGCACGUCAUGGAGCGAGUCGUGUGCUCGUCAUUGCUGCGGUGUGAGGCGCACAGACGAGAUGAGCAUGAGGGCGUGGAUGCGGGAUGGCCGUCGGUGACGCUCCUCGUCGUGAGUGGACAUGGCGGUUCUACGAUGGGCAUGGUGCGGACGGGCGUGGAAAUUUCUCCGAGUCUCUCCCUCGUCGAGUCACAGUUUACUAGCGAUAUCGAUGUCGGCGCCAGAUACAAAAGCGUCGACGCUGCCUCAAAAACGCCCAUCCACCCCCCGGCUCCCUCUCACGCACCCAUACCGGUACGUACAGGCCCAUCCAUCCAUCUAUCCAUCCAUCCAUCCAUCCAUACACACCAACCUUCUCCCCCACGCUUCCUCAACAUCGACGUCAGCGGCACCAUUUCCGCCCUACGCGCCGCGCCUGUUUCGGACCCGACCGACCAUCCCACGCCGUCCAAGGCCUUUGCCAGCGCGUUGCACUCCCUGCCCUGA